AUCAAUUGCAUUAGGAUGGUAGGGGAAAUAGGUAUUGUCCACAAGAUCGGCAGAAGUUUUCUUUACUUAUAUUCCUUGGGUUGAAACAUGUCGUAUAGGGCGUCGGGUCGAAAGAAAAAGAAAGUUAAGGACACUCUUACAGCAGAACAAAUCGCAGAACUUCGGGAAACCUUUCUCCUUUUCGACAAGGAUGGAGAUGGUACAGUGAACAGUGAUGAACUUGGGACGGUGAUGAGGCAACUUGGACAGGAACCUUCAGAAGAGGAACUCCGGCAAAUGAUCGCAGAGGUAGAUGAAGAUGGAAGUGGGGAGAUUGAAUUUGAAGAAUUCUGCACUAUGAUGGCUAAUCGGAUGAAUCAGCCAAUAGAUUCGCCACAAGAAUUGAUAGAGGCAUUUGAGAUUUUUGACGAUGAAAAAAGGGGAUACAUAACAAUGGAGGAAUUUCGGUCUGUAAUGACAACAUUAGGAGAGAAAUUGUCUCAUAGUGACGUGGACGAAAUGAUGACAAUGACGGGGAUAGGAAAGAACGGGAAAGUCAAAUACAAAGAAACAGUGUCGAUCUAUCUGAUCGCAAAUGAAAACAAACAUAUGGUAGACACUGCUCAUGGAAAGGUUCCAAUUGUUCCGGAACAUACUAAUACAAAACCGACGGAUAAUUUUGCACAAGAAGUCUACAUUGAUGCUUUCCGUGAGGCUGAUGAAGAUGGCGAUGGAUUUCUGUCAGAGAGAGAACUAGGAAUUGCUCUAAGGAAGUUGGGUCACAAUCCCAGCGAAGUGGAAAUUCGUGACUUGAUUUUAACAGUUGAUGAGGACGAAAAUGGACAUCUGGACAUGAACGAAUUUAUGAAUCUGAUGACCAUAAAAACUGCUGCUGUCGGUGAGGUAAACGAUAUGUUUAAAACCUUUGACGUCGACAAAAACGGAUUCAUUGACUGGAAUGAACUUAAAAUGGGAAUGCAAAACCUGGUCGGACACGAGCUGGAAGACUCUGACAUUGACGAAAUGAUGGAGGAGGCAGACCUAGACGGAGAUGGGAGGAUCAAUUACGCAGAGUUUGAACGUAUGAUGCAGAAAAAUUUCGAAGAAGAAAAAGAAGAGGUUUAAUAGAAAUAUGUAACAUCAACAGAAUUAUCACCAUGCCACAUUGACUUCAUAUAAUUAUCUUAAUCGUAUUUUUUCUGUUCGGUUUGUUUAUCUUUUUAUGAACAUGUAUUGAUAUGUAUAGUGUUUCUUACCUGGUUUAUACAGAACAGUUUCACAAUUAUUGUUAUUGUGUUGAACAUUAAAUUUUAAUCAAAAUUGUUUGACAAUGACAAAAGUUUGGGAAAUUUUAAGUCCAGAUUGCGUGUAAUACUAGUAUUUUGUACACCAUGGAAGGAUCAUUACAGUAUUAACAUGUUGCAUUAUAAAUCGAAGUGAAACAAAGAAUCCUAUUUAUCAAUAAUACAAACCGGAAUCAUGUUAUAAAUGAAUGUUUUC